GAGUCUGAGCCAGUAGCUUGUAGACAGUGUUUCUCCCUCAUUCAGCGCAUGGCUCACUCUCUCUCUACACUCAGCACGCGCUGCUUCUCGCCUCCUCACUGCAUCUGUCCUCUUCUCCCUGAAGUGAGGUACCAUGCAUCCUGCUUUCUACUCCUCCUCCUCAUCUCCGCUUGUCUGUUUCCAUUCCAGGGUCCCUUUAUCAAACAGAGCAUUCUUGCUGCAAAGCCGGGGACCGUAAAGCCUGUGUUACUUGCUCAGGGACUUUGGAGACGGGACAAGGCUGUUCUCCGGAUCUGAGGACAGCUGCUGGAAACGCUUCUGCUGUUGGGAUGCGGAUCUUUGCGUGGUCUCUGCCCGCUGUGUAACAACGCUUGAUUCCUCUCAAAGUUGCAGGAGGGCACACGUCAAUCAAGAAUCUCUUCUCUGUUUCUCGGAGACAACUCACUGUGUGUGGAGUCAGACCGGCACAGGAUCCCCGUCUCAACUCCCCACACACUGACCAGGACUGCACUGCCGCUAUGUCCAAAUCUGACAUCAGCUUCAGAUUCUUCUCCUAAAAGAAACUGGACAAUCUCAUGCUCCCAUCAUUCCUGCCUGUGAUUUCCAUAUGAGAUUCAGCAGCACCAGGCAGAACUGGCCUGGACCACUGACUUUCAACUUCACAUAAGAACAACAAGGACAAAAUCCAAGUUCCACGGACAGAGAAAAAGACUCUUACGUACUUCAAGGACCCAUACAAAGCCUUGUUGGUCUUUGAGUAGCUCUCGUGGCCUUCGCCAACAGCCAUGCAGGUGUCCUUUGCGUGCACGGACCACGGGCUAAAGGCCCCGCGUAAUGGUGAGCACAGCAAGCAGAACGCCGCCAGCCCCAACACAGCCAGCAAGGCCCGCGCCCGCUUCCGCACCGUGGCCCUGAUAGCUCGCAGCCUGGGCUCCUUCUCCCACCGCUACCACCACAACCUCAAGGAGUCCACCGCCAAGCUCACCGGCAUGAAGUACCGGAACCUGGGGAAAUCUGGGUUGCGUGUCUCCUGUCUGGGGCUUGGCACAUGGGUAACAUUUGGAGGUCAAAUCUCCGAUGAGGUGGCAGAGCAGCUGAUGACUAUUGCCUACGAGAGCGGCGUGAACCUGUUCGACACGGCUGAAGUCUACGCUGGCGGAAAAGCGGAGAUAAUCCUAGGAAACAUCAUCAAGAAAAAGUGCUGGAGGAGAUCCAGCUUGGUGAUCACCACAAAGCUUUACUGGGGAGGAAAAGCAGAGACAGAGAGAGGCCUCAACAGAAAACACAUCAUUGAAGGUUUAAAGGGUUCCCUCCAGAGGAUGCAACUCGAGUAUGUGGAUGUGGUUUUUGCCAACCGGCCAGACAGCAACACUCCCAUGGAGGAGAUAGUGAGAUCGAUGACACAUGUGAUCAACCUGGGGAUGUCCAUGUACUGGGGGACAUCCCGGUGGUCUGCAAUGGAGAUCAUGGAAGCAUAUUCUGUGGCCAGACAGUUUAAUCUAAUUCCACCAGUGUGUGAGCAGGCAGAGUAUCACUUCUUCCAGAGGGACAAAGUGGAAACUCAGCUGCCAGAGCUCUACCAUAAGAUAGGUGUGGGUGUGGUAUCUUGGUCACCUUUGGCCUGUGGAAUCAUCACUGGGAAGUACGAGAAUGGUGUCCCAGAAUCCUCCAGGGCCUCAAUGAAGCCAUACCAGUGGUUGAGGGAGAAAAUAAUGAGUGAGGAUGGGAGGAAACAACAAGCCAAGCUAAAGGAACUGACUCAUAUCGCGGAGAAGCUCGGAUGUACUUUGCCGCAGCUAGCCAUAGCCUGGUGCCUGAGGAACGAGGGAGUGAGCUCAGUGCUGCUGGGAUCCUCUAAUCCAAGACAGCUAACAGAGAACCUGGGAGCCAUUCAGGUGAUUCCAAAGAUGACGGCAGGCAUUGCCUCAGAAGUGGACCAUAUGCUGGGAAAUCGUCCUCGCAGUAAAAAGGACUACCACCAUUAGGAUGUACCCUUUUUUAGUGAACUAUGCUCCAAAAUUUCUCACAGCCAUGGCACCAGAAGUGUGUGCCCUUUGCUUGUGUACGCGUAUGACUGUGUGUGUGACUGCAUAAGGUGUUCAGCUUGGCUCCUUGUCUGUAUGAAGACGGACCAGUACUCAUUAUUGUAAAGUGAGCUACUUGACAAAACAUGCAUGCUACAGCUAUAGCAGCCGGCCACAGGACUGAACAACAGUUAGAAGAUCCAAGGAGAUGAUUUCAGCAGAGAAAUUAUCUUUUGCUCCAACGAACUGCUGAACCACAAAUUCAAAGGAUCCUAAUAUUAGAUUAAUGAUGAAAUAGAUUACUGCUCAAGCUCAAGCUGAUUGAGAGCUUGCAAGUGCCAGUUACCGAGCAAUGAAUGAGGGCGUUAUUGAAUCAAGAAAAGGCAAAGUAUCACACAAACUCAUGGUCGUGCAGUAAAUCCAUGAAAAAUAGAUGGUGUAUCAAAAUGUACCCAAUGUUACAGAAAUCUACUUAACUCGAUGUUUGUGAUGUGAAGUAAAAUCAAUGAUGAAGUUUGUAAAUGGGUCCCAUCAGACUGGAUUACAUGCUUACAUUUCCCAUGGCAGCUAGAGUUGACCUGUCAACAAGAUACAUUAUUUUAGUAAUGGAUUAACUGAAAUUCGGGUCACAAUGUCGCUAAUACAAAGAGAGUUAAACUAAAAUGUUUCAAUGCAUCUGUACGGACUGUUAUGUACAUUUUUCUUAUUAAGCAGCUAUGUCAGAGUUAGUUUUUGAACUCAUGUUGUAAUUAUUUUCUUUUUCACUUAUGCAAAAGUACAGCAUAGUGUACUUCCCCAUUGUGCCCCCUUGGCCCGUUUUUUAUUUGGACUAUGCCAGACUUUGUGUCAGUAAGGAUAAUGUCUGAUUCAUUAAAUUCCAGUCUGUGUUGUGGCAAAAAAUGGUGUCUAGUCGAAGUUGGUGAGAUCCUCCUUAAGGAGAGCGUGUGAAUUUAAGAAGUAAAGCCAUGUAGCUAAUUAAGAGACUAAAAACAAAAACAAAAAAAUCAUAUGGACCCCUGCAGUCAUUGCACCUGGAACUCUUACCCAACUUCUCUCAGAUGCCAGUUUAAACCUUUAUACGUAAUGGGAGGAUCUUUGUAAUGUCUGUUCAAACAUGUAUUUUAGUGUCCUUCAUCAGAUUUGUACAUACAAAUAAAGAGCAUAGAAUUAUCAUGUAGUAUGUUUUAGAAUAUCUAUAGUCAUUUUCUUAUGGAUGCCUUCCAAUUUGCCCCUUACAAAUAAAAAAAUUACAACUAAA